AUGGGGUCGUUGAAGACCGAAGAUGAAUUGGAGAUGGAGUCGAUGGAUCCAAUCUUGUACGUGAAUGGGGUUCGUCGUGUACUGCCUGAUGGAUUAGCUCCUAUGACUCUACUUGAAUAUCUCAGAGACAUAGGUUUGACAGGGACAAAGCUAGGCUGUGGUGAAGGUGGUUGUGGGGCGUGCACUGUGAUGGUCUCUUACUUUGAUCGAAAUUCGAAGAAAUGUUUGUGAGUCUUUCUCUUCCUCCGCUUCCGUCUCUUUCCUUAUGUGUCUCAGUAUUUGGUAUGUCUGGUUCUCUUCUUCCCUCAACAUAGGUAAUGAUUUAUGGUUAGUACCUGAACGUGGCAAUUGCUCGCAUAAACUAGCUGACACUGGACAUAUUGUGAACAUUUUUUUUCAGUGGAUUAUAUUUCUUUUCAGUGUAGUGAUAUCUUUUGUAAUUUUUCAAGUGCAUUCCUUAGGACAGAUUGUGGACAUUUUUUUCACUGGUUUUUUUAAGGUAGUGAGUUCUA